CACUAAGCUAUCUAUAAAUGAACGGGGCUCUACUGGAUAUCCUCCUGCACUCACAACGGCAAUUUUGGAACAUCCCAUCUUCAUGUCACUUCGGCUCACUUGACGAAUUGAAGAGGUCGGGCUGCGCUUGAGAACAAGCGAUUUAAUAGGUUAUUAGUUGAAAUAUAAAAGAAAAAUCGAAACAAGCAAGCUAUCAAAUCAACGAAUAACCGUCCGUAACCUAUCAUUGUUGUUUAGAAGAGAAAAUUAAAUCUCCUGACUCCAACGUAUUCCACGCCUGCAGUCAUGACCGAGAACAUUCGUAUCAACAAUCCCAAUGUGAAGUACACAGAUACACACAUCGAGGCUCAGUACUGCUACCAUACUACUGCUGUACGCAGGGACGGAGACACACUCACAGUGACCCCGUCCGUUAGUGAGCUUGAGUUCCGUACUGAGCGACAUGUCCCCAGGCUGGGGGUGAUGCUAGUUGGCUGGGGAGGAAACAAUGGGACCACCGUCACCGCUGCUGUACUGGCCAACAGACUGGGACUCACCUGGAGAACCAAAACUGGAGAACAGAAAGCCAACUACUAUGGUUCCCUCUUCCAGUCCUCAACUGUGUGUUUAGGUGAGGGGCCAGAUGGAAAGGAAGUUAACAUUCCGUUCCGUGACCUCCUACCCAUGAUGCACCCUAAUGAUAUCGUCUUUGAUGGCUGGGACAUCUCAUCCAUGGAUCUGGGCAGUGCGAUGGAGAGAGCCGAGGUCCUUGAUUGGUCCCUCCAGGAGAAGCUCCGCCCACACAUGAGCCACCUCCGACCCCGGGCCUCCAUCUAUAUCCCAGAAUUCAUAGCUGCCAACCAGGCGGGCCGAGCAGACAACGUUCUGAAAGGGACCAUGGCUGAACAGGUGGAGCAGAUCAGAGCAGACAUUCAGGACUUCCGGCAUUCAAGCGGCGUGGACAAGGUCAUCGUUUUGUGGACGGCCAACACCGAACGUUUCUGUGACCUCACAGCCGGGGUCAACGACACGGCCAAGAAUCUCCUGGCUGCCAUACAGUCAGGUGGGGAGGUGUCUCCCUCUACUUUGUUUGCUGUAGCCAGUAUCCUGGAGGGCUGUGCCUACAUUAACGGUUCUCCCCAGAACACGUUUGUCCCUGGGGCGAUAGAGCUGGCUGUGGAAAGAAACGUGUUCAUAGCAGGAGACGACUUCAAGUCUGGUCAGACAAAGAUCAAGUCAGUCCUGGUCGACUUCCUCAUCAGUGCUGGGAUCAAGCCCACCUCCAUUGUCAGCUACAAUCACCUUGGCAACAACGAUGGUAUGAACCUCUCAGCACCGCAGCAGUUCCGCUCCAAGGAGAUCUCCAAGAGCAAUGUGGUGGAUGACAUGGUCAACUCCAACCCUAUACUGUACCACAAUGGGGAGAAACCUGACCACUGUGUGGUGAUUAAGUAUGUACCGUAUGUGGGGGACAGUAAGAGGGCGAUGGAUGAAUACACCUCUGAGAUCAUGAUGGGAGGAACCAACACUAUCGCAAUGCACAACACCUGUGAGGAUUCUCUGCUAGCCAGUCCUAUCAUCCUGGACCUGGUCCUCCUCACAGAGUUGUGUCAGCGUGUAUGUGUUCGGCCCCAAGGAUCAGAGACCUUCCAGUCCUUCCACAGUGUCCUGGCUAUCCUCUCCUUCAUGUGUAAAGCUCCCCUCGUCCCCCCUGGGGCCCCGCUGGUCAAUGCCUACUUCAGACAGAGAGCCUGCAUUGAGAACAUCAUGAGAGCGUGCCUUGGUCUCCCCCCUCAGAACCACAUGCACCUGGAGCACAAGCUGCAGAGGGGCUUCCUGCCUCGCCACGACAACCGUAUCUACGACAAUGUGGCUACCAAGAGGUUCCUAAGCAACGGUUACCACGCCUCCCAACAGAAUGGUGUCUGCGCACACGUGGUGAAAGAGGCAACGAUUGGAUAAUGGCUGCAGAUUAGGUCUCUGUCAUCAC